GGGCGUUUCGGGGGGCGGGCCCUCAGAGGAGGUAACGCUGAGGGAAGAGGCGGCGGCCGCACCGCACUCGGGGAGACGGAGGAGGAUAAGGAAGGGGAGAGGAGGAAGAAGGAGGGCAAGGAGCGGUGGCUCUCGGCGGAUCCUGGUGGCUCCCGGGGUCAGACGGGACUCUCCAAUUCAUUGUUUGCUGAGUGUUCUGUCUGGUGAAAGUCAUGUCCAUAUUGCCAUUCACUCCGCCGGUUGUGAAGAGACUUCUGGGGUGGAAAAAAUCCGCUGGUGGCACUGCAGGGGCUGGUGGUGGUGAGCAGAAUGGUCAGGAGGAGAAGUGGUGUGAGAAAGCAGUGAAAAGCUUGGUCAAGAAGCUAAAGAAAACAGGACAGCUGGAUGAGCUUGAGAAGGCAAUUACCACUCAGAAUUGCAAUACAAAAUGUGUGACAAUACCAAGCACUUGCUCUGAAAUUUGGGGACUGAGUACACCAAACACGAUAGAUCAGUGGGAUACAGCAGGCCUUUACAGCUUCUCUGAACAAACCAGAUCUCUCGAUGGCCGUCUGCAGGUGUCUCACCGCAAGGGACUGCCUCAUGUCAUUUACUGCCGCCUGUGGCGCUGGCCAGACCUUCACAGCCACCAUGAACUUAAGGCAAUUGAAAACUGUGAAUAUGCUUUUAAUCUUAAAAAGGAUGAAGUAUGUGUAAACCCUUACCACUACCAGCGAGUGGAGACGCCAGUCUUGCCUCCUGUGCUUGUGCCGCGGCACACUGAGAUCCUAACGGAGCUCCCACCUCUGGAUGACUAUACCCAUUCCAUUCCUGAGAACACUAACUUUCCAGCUGGGAUUGAACCACAGAGCAAUUACAUACCAGAAACACCUCCUCCAGGAUAUAUCAGUGAAGAUGGAGAAACAAGUGACCAGCAGCUGAACCAAAGCAUGGAUACAGGAUCUCCAGCAGAGCUGUCUCCUAGUACUCUCUCUCCAGUUAAUCAUAGCCUGGACUUGCAACCAGUUACUUACUCGGAGCCUGCGUUUUGGUGUUCAAUAGCAUAUUAUGAAUUGAAUCAAAGAGUGGGAGAAACCUUCCAUGCGUCUCAGCCUUCCCUGACUGUAGAUGGCUUUACAGAUCCAUCAAAUUCAGAGCGAUUUUGUCUAGGUCUGCUUUCCAAUGUAAACAGAAAUGCUACAGUGGAAAUGACAAGGCGACAUAUAGGCAGGGGAGUGCGCCUGUAUUACAUUGGCGGAGAAGUUUUUGCCGAGUGCCUGAGUGAUAGCGCAAUCUUCGUUCAGAGCCCCAACUGUAAUCAAAGAUACGGCUGGCAUCCUGCAACUGUGUGCAAAAUUCCUCCAGGAUGCAAUCUAAAAAUCUUUAAUAACCAAGAAUUUGCUGCUCUUCUGGCUCAAUCUGUGAAUCAGGGCUUUGAAGCAGUUUAUCAGCUUACUAGAAUGUGUACCAUAAGAAUGAGCUUUGUUAAAGGAUGGGGGGCUGAAUACAGGCGGCAGACGGUAACGAGCACUCCUUGCUGGAUUGAGCUUCACCUGAACGGGCCUCUACAGUGGCUGGACAAAGUAUUGACUCAGAUGGGCUCCCCUUCAGUUCGCUGCUCCAGCAUGUCCUAAAACUCUCCUCUGUCACCAGUGGGCUGAAAAUCGAGUUCAGUCAACAGACUUAAUAUAACAGCUCGUCUGUCGUAGUAUUUGUGUGUGGUCCCCAUGAACUGUUUACUAUCUAAAAAGGUUUUUUUAAAAGAAAAAAAAAAAAGAAAAAAGAAAAAAAAAGAAAAGAAAAGAAAAAAGAAAAAACAGCACUUGAGGUCUCAUCAGUUAAAGCACCUUGUGGAUUCUGUUUCCUAUACUCUGAUACUAGAUGAAAAUUUAGUGUAUAGAAAAGCCUUCUUCAGAAAGAAGGGACAGUUCUAAAGACUCUUUAAUGGUGUUUUUUAUUGGGUAUAUAAUUGAGUGUCCUAAUGGUUAUCAAUAACAUGAAUAGCUAAGUAUAUAUACAGAUAAUGUUUCAUGAUCUCAAAUAUCACAGUAUUGUGCUGUUCUACAAUUUAGUUCCCAUAAAUGGUAAUGUUGGUUUUUUGAUUGGGGCAAGUGUCUCAUGAAAUUUCAAGACUUUGCUCCCCUAUUCUUUUGUAUUUUUUUAAUAUAAGUAGGUUUUCAAGUUGUCCUAAACAUAAAAAGACUUUCCUUAGAGAAAAACCGAUUUUUUUGCUGCGUUCUGAAGAGAAAGUCCCUCCAUUGGAAGGGAAAGAAAUGUCUUGAGAUUGAUCUGUGAAGUCUUAAGACACUUUAUUUACUUAAUGGGGCCUAAAAUGAAUUCAUAUUAUAAAUUCUGAGUGUCCAUCACACUAGCAGUCUACUUUUUGAUACCCAUUUGAGUUGAUGCAUCUGUUGCCAGCAGUAUUGCUGGCAGUGGUGUAAUUUGGGACUUUUUUGUACCUUGGUCAUUGAAAUGAAUUAUUUUUUCUCAUGCACUGAGAAUUUAACAUGGCUUUAGAUAUUGGAUUAACUGCACAAAGUUAUAGGCUUACCCCUUAUCAUCUGUAUUUUUUUCACUUUUUCAUAUGUCACUAAAAAUAAUGGGGUUUAGUUUUCAGAGCCAUAUACCUUGAAAAAUUAUUUCCUGGGUAAGCUAGACUCUUUGUUUAGGUUUUAAAUAGAUGCAGCUUCUUAACAUAUUUCAGUAACAGAAUUUAAAUUUCUUAUCUGAGUCGCUUUUAUAGUUUACUUACACACCAGAUCAUAUGCAUUCAUUAUGUCAUAAUGGGCCUUGUUAUUAAAAGUAGUUGCUUCUGCAAAACCUCUAGAAUAGUGGUUGCUGAGGUAUGACCAGCGAAGGAGGACUUCCAGGUUCUUCAUGACAGUGCAUGUUAUUGUGAACCCUUGGACACUACAGCUGCACCAUAUUAAAAUUAUUCUGAAUUAUAUUCUACAAAUAAGUCUGGGUUGGGGAUGGGUUGGGAAACUGUAUAGAAGGGUUAUUCUGACUUGAAAAAUACACAUCUUACUAACAAUCUUGUGAUCUAGCUGUCUGUCAUUCUUUUGUUAUUGUGGCAGUAGCAGGAUUGCCUUUGUCUGUUUUUUUCCACUGUUUCAUCAAUUACACUAGUUCUGUACUUUGUAAGUACAGCUAGUGAUAACUUAGCUUUGAGAACAAAAAUGUGGCCAGUGUUACAGCUUUUAAUCACUUGACUGAAUUGGUGAUAGUGAUGGAUAUUUUUAUGCCAUAAUGACUAGGGCAUAGAAGCAAUACCAAAAAUCAAGCCUUGAGAAAAUGGGCCAGACACCUUUAAAAAAUCGGCAAAGCAGUUACCAGUUUGUGCUAGUUUUACCAGUAGACUAAUGUAUUGGUAGAACUUGUGGACCUAAGAGAUUAAGCUUCAUGCGUGUUGCAUUUGCCUAAUAUGUGAAUACACUAAUAAAAGUUUUAAUUCUCAAAA